UAGGACAUGGGGGGCAGGCGCGGGAGCGGCCCUCCGCCUCCGGCCCCUCGCCGGAUGGGCAGGGACCCGAUCCCUCGAAAGGCUGGCGCCCGCCCGAGCAGGCAUCGGCAGGCUCCUUGCCUUCCGCCGGCGAGAGCCUAGCCCUGCCCGGCCCCGACCACCGCCGCCUCGGAGGGAAGAGAGAGAGAGAGGCAGAGAGAGAGAGGCAGACCCACCGACCCACCGCGGCUCUCCGGGCCUCCCCUUCCCUUCCCUUCGGCCGGCUGCCCACGGUACCAUGAGUCACUAUGAGGAUGUGUGACAGAGGUAUCCAGAUGUUGGUCACCACCCUGGGAGCCUUUGCCGCCUUCAGCCUCAUGACCAUCGCGGUGGGCACCGACUAUUGGCUGUAUUCCAGGGGGGUGUGCAGGACUAAGUCCGCCAACGACAAUGACACCAGCCGGAAAAACGAAGAAGUCAUGACUCACUCGGGCUUGUGGAGGACCUGCUGCCUGGAAGGGACGCUUCGAGGUAUCUGUAAGCAAAUCAAUCAUUUUCCCGAAGAUGCAGAUUACGAUCAGGAUGCGGCCGAGUAUCUCCUGCGAGCAGUGAGGGCAUCCAGCAUUUUCCCCAUCUUAAGCGUUGGUCUUCUCUUCUUCGGAGGACUGUGUGUGGCAGCCAGCGAGUUUUACAAGAGCAAACUCAACGUCAUCUUAAGCGCAGGAAUCUUCUUCGUGUCAGCCGGCCUGAGCAACAUCAUCGGGAUUAUAGUCUACAUCUCAGCAAAUGCCGGGGACCCUGGGCAGAGCGACUCCAAGAAAAGCUACUCUUACGGCUGGUCUUUCUACUUCGGAGCCUUGUCGUUCAUUAUUGCCGAGAUGGUGGGGGUGAUCGCCGUCCACAUGUACAUUGAGAAGCACCGCCAGGUUCGUGCCAAAUCUCACUCGGUGGCGCUGCUGAAGAAGUCCGCGUUCCCCCGCUUGCCGACGUACCGCUACCGUUUCCGGCGGAGAUCCAGUUCCCGCUCCACCGAGCCGAGGUCAAGGGACCUGUCUCCGUUGGGGCAAGGCUUCCGCACCAUCCCGUCCACCGACAUCUCCAUGUUCACCCUCUCCAGGGAUCCUUCCAAGGUGACGCUGGGGACCCUGCUCAACUCAGAGAGAGACCAUGGGUUUCUACAGAUCCACAACUCCCUCCCCAAAGAAUUCAAGGACUCUUUGCACAACAACCCAGCCAACAGACGAACCACCCCGGUCUAAGGCCAGGCGUGUCCUUGGUCGGCUCUGCCGCCGGAGCUGUCCUGCGCAGUCCCACCAUGUACAGAGAUGUGCCGUUUGGACUGCAUGAUGUGACCAGUCAACCCCUUCCUGAUCUUGACCCUUCCGCCACCGCCACCUCCACCUCCACCACCACACCCCUGUGUUGUUGUGACCAGUGGACAUUUUGUUUUUCAGUAGGCAUCCAAGAGGGGCGAUCUGUUUCUUUCUGAAUUCCCCGACGGUUGGAUGCUGGCCCAAGCGAACGGCCCUUGGGCUUGACUGUUGUGUUAGUGUCUUCCCAAGCCUCUCAUUCUCUCACCAUGAAUGGACACUGAGCUUCGCCAUGCACACAGUAGGUGGGGUAGCUGGGGGACUGCCAAAACUGGAAGAUGGGGGCCGUUUGGAGACCCCAUCACGAAGGUGUGGUGUGUGUUCGUAGCCCAGAAAUGGCAUUUGUGGGAACUCCUCAACCCACAAAAGACCACCCUUGGCAGCUUGUGAGGCCGUAGCAUCUCCUCUUCUGGAUAAACUGGAUGA